AUGUCCGACGAGGUGCAACCAGACGCCGACUCCUCAGCACGGAAAUGGUGGAGUGAUGCCGACGAUCUAAACCUCCUCACACAGGUCAGCAAUGACCUUCCGUUUAAUCAUGCUAAGAACACAGCCAAGGCAUGGGACAGUGUUGCAGCCAAGCUGCUGCAGCUACCACCGUUUGCAAGAAGUGGCCUCGACGAAAAAAUGGCGUCAACGCGCUUUUACCAUUUGCUUCGUGCGCACAAAAAGUUUCAGGAAAGUUCGAAAUACCUGUCAGGAGCGGCACAAGACAUCACAGGCAAGAUAGUGCUGCUUCACUAG